CCUAACCAAUGGGUUUACACGGGCAUGACGAGAACGAGACUUCGCUAGCAAGCCAUCGCUAACAAAUGUCUUCUGAAAAGCUAAAGAUAGCUAGGUAGCUAUAAUUGUUGAGGCGGAUUCAGUAUUAAGUGUUUAAAAUAAUUUGAGGACUCCAAAUAAAGAUGGCUACUACCUAACGUAACGCAGCAUUGCUACCCUUCAUCCGAAAGACUGUUAGAAGAAAACUACAACAUCUCUGGACUUCACCAUGGGUGAACCGCAGCAGGUGAGUGCCCUGCCUCCCCCUCCCAUGCAGUACAUCAAGGAGUACACGGAUGAGAACAUCCGCAAAGGGCUCGCCCCUAAACCCCCUCCACCCAUCCGAGACACCUACAUGAUGUUUGGCAACCAGUUCCAGUGUGAUGACUUGAUCAUCCGCCCACUGGAGAGCCAGGGCAUUGAACGGCUCCACCCCAUGCAAUUCGACCACAAACGAGAGCUCAAGAAACUCAACAUGUCCAUCCUGGUCAAUUUCCUGGAUCUUCUAGACAUCCUGAUCAAAAGCCCUGGCAGUAUAAAGAGAGAGGAAAAGCUAGAGGACCUAAAGCUGCUGUUUGUCCACAUGCACCAUCUAAUCAAUGAGUACCGUCCUCACCAGGCCAGAGAGACCCUGAGGGUGAUGAUGGAAGUGCAGAAGCGACAGCGCUUGGAGACCGCUGAGAGGUUCCAGAAACAUCUGGAGAGGGUUGUGGAAAUGAUCCAAGGUUGCCUGGCGUCUUUGCCUGAUGACUUGCCCCAAACAGAGGGCUCAAAUGGGGCAAGGGUUGGAGCUGCAGGGCCUUUGGGGUUGACUGCCAGGCUAAAGAUUGAACCCAUGGAUGUUGAGGAGGUUGGAGCCAGCUGUAUGGCUCUUGGGCCACAACAGGACAAAAGCAUGGGCGGUGUUGCUAAAAGGGACAAAGUAUGGGACAAGGAUGCAGCCAUGUGUAGUAUUAUAGAUGAGAUUGCCUGAGUUUAGAGUGUCUCUUCAGCAGGAGGCCAUUGUUAAGGACGUUCUUUAGAACUUUAGACAAGCAAAUCGAGCCGCCUUGUAAUAUAUUAUACAUCUGCAGUGUUCCAAACUCAAACAAUUUACUUGCCGAAUAUAGUUCUUUGUUUUUUUUUAUGUUUACAUGUUUUUGGUUGCAAGUGUCUCGGUUUAAUUGUUUUGAUAUUAGUUUUCUUAAUUCAGAGUUUUACAUAAGCUGUUUGUGUUUUUGAUUAUUAAGAUGCACAUUUUCUUUAAGAAUUAAGAUUUUGGAAUGUCACUGAGGUUUAUAUGCCACUUUAACAUUCCUAAUUAAAUAAAGUAAUAAGGAAA